AUGAUUCCAGCAGGAAUGGACACAAGACCACAGAUAAUUGCGGUUCCCCACAUAGCUCCAGUUUGGCGCGAGAUACUGAAAGCUGCUCCUCCAACAAACAUGAUUAAAACCUGGAAACCGGCAAUAAUCGCUGCAAUUGCAAGGAAGUACCAGUUGCUGAAGAAAUGCUGUGUGAAGUCCAAGUUAGACCGAGUGAUUCUGUCUCUCACCUUCGUAAUUCCAUCUCCUUCGUCCAGCUUCCGCGUGAGGAACAGAUUGAAGAACUGUAGCCAGACAAAAGUGUUGAACGUCAGCGAAGAAAGUUUGGUUCUGUCGUGGUCGGUCACAUGA